AUGGUCACUGGACCGUCGUCGAAGACGACGAUGAAGGCAAUUAGGAAAUACGUUUAUCUGACAAAGUGUGUUGCUUGGGUGCUGAACCACUCCGGUCAGAUCUCCAACGGAUACAACCCAGUGCUGGAAUGCCACACCGCUCACAUUGCUUGCGAGUUCAGCGGGAUCAAGGAGAAGGUCUUUCGUCGUUCCGGCAAGUCCACCGAGGAUUAUCGAAAGUCCAUCAAGUCUGAUGAUGACACUAUCGUCUUCCUGGUCCCACCCAAGCCUCUGUGGUAGCGGAAAAGGCCAUCAAACAACAUUCGAUACUAGCGACCGCGAGGACAGUUCCCUUGAGUGAACCAGAAGUCGAUCCGGUCAUGUCCUUCGGGUACUUGCGAGUAAUCAGCUAUUGUCGAAGGAGCCAGACAAAACUAAUAAAAAAAAGUGUUUAUUUCUGCUUUUGCUUAUUUUUUUAAUGUCGGUUUCACGAGCUUGUGGUAGUCGCGGGACAGUCCGGGGAACUUGAUCUCUACCAUGUCCACCAGCACCCUACACAUCUUCAGAUCCUACUCCUCCGGAUGACGAUCCGCAGCUGCUCGGCGCAAAACACAACUUUUUGUUUCGAUUCCGGCGUGUGGGAGAUGCCGUAUUUUUAUACGGAUCUGGUCCUGCAAGGGGUAGGAUCCAUGAUAUCAGCCUUGGGUAGGAUCAGUCUGCCGUAGGAUGAGUAUUGAAAGAGCGGGUGCUGCCUAUGCUGGUGGAUGAUGCUUUUUUCACACGGGCCCAGACCAGUUGUCCUUGUCCUUUGACCUUCCUGCUCCGCAGACGCCUUAAAUUGCUGCUAAGAAUAAAACCGGAACCAACCGUCCGGCCUAAAACAAAGCAACAGUGAAUUGUUCGAUUUGCCGAAGUUGGUGGCGGCGGAUUUGAGACCAAGCCGGAAGCAUGCGAGAGGACCAAAAUGGAGGAUGAUUGUCGCACAGCUGGGAUUUCGGCGGCCACUUUCUCCUGCCCUUUCUUCUGCGCUUUCGUUGCCCAUCCUUCGUCACAAACACCGGCCUUUUUUCGCCAACAUUGCCUACAGCGAAAGCGAUUCCUUUUCCAAAGCCUCCAAAGCACUUACCGCCGGUUUUACCUCUAUGUACCACCUCCAGCAGCGCUCUCCUCCCUUUCGCUCAAAGUCCCGCUUGUUUUCUUCGACCUUGAUCGCUUUCUGCCCGCGUCAUGACCACAGUCCUCGCGAUUUCCCCCCGACGGUGGAGGACCGUUGCCGUUUCCGACCGUGCAAAAAAAAGUUCUGACAUUUCUAGACGUCACAACGACGUUUUUCUCAGGAUGAUUCAUGUUAGGGUGGAAGAGCGUUAGUAUAAUAACAUUAUUUAAGUAUACUUAUUAAUAUACUUAGGAAAAGUUCUAAGAGUUUCCAGCCUCUUGACCGGAACCAGAUUUUUUCAUUUUUGGGGUUGGUUUUGUGUCUGUCAAAGUCAGUCGUCUCGGUCGUCUCUCUCUGGUGCCAAAUGUCAGUGUCAAAAUUCGUUACGUCGUUUGGGAGGAUUGAAAAACUUUGAGUGGCUCAAUGUUACUCAAAAUUAUUCAAACUUUCUCAAUAUUACUCUCUGUCCUACCCCUUGCUUGCCAUUCCCUUGUAUCCAUCUUUACUUUGAUCAAUAUUGUGGAUUUAGCUCGUAGCUGGAUUUUCUGGCAUCUUCUCACGGUCAUUGGAAACAGUCGUGGAUAGACCUAGGGGUUCCCAGUUGGAGUGAAAAAAAUCAAUUUAUAGAAAAAUUAUGGAUUAUAAUUUUGCUUUUUUAUCACUUCUCCGACAUCAGGAAUAAUUGUUUGAACAUGCUCGCAAUUUUUUUAUUCGGUCGGAAAAAUAUUAUUUUUCUUGAAAAAACUUUCAUUUUUAAUCACAUGAUCACCCCUAAUUCUGGCUCGAUGCCGCCAUCAUGCGACCGCGUGCUCCGUUUGUUUGUCAACAAAGCUGCAGCUGGAUGGUGAGACGAAGUGAGGGGGGAAGAGAUUUUGACAUUUUUAUGCCCGCAUCUGACCCGCCGCCUAUUUCGUCGGUCACUGAGUCGCCGGUCGUUUCCUGUGACCGAGUCCAGCUAGGAACUGAUCGUA